AUGCCAGCUUUUACUCUAUAUGGCUCUCGCGGUUCGACAAACACAGACCGUGUACGCCUAACUCUCGCUGAAGGUGGAUUCACGGAUUAUGAACUCGUGCUUCUUAACCUUUCAAAAGGGGAGCAAAGGUCCAAAGAACACUUGAAACGUCACCCAUGGGGUAAAAUACCUGCAGUAACCUCUGACGAGGGCUUCACUCUCUACGAGAGUCGCGCGAUCUGCAAAUACCUCGCAAAAACGUACUCCUUUCGUCUUUUACCACCCAACUCCGAUGUCGAAGCCACAGCGCUAUUUGACGAGGCGCAAAGCGUAGAAAUGCUCUACUUCGCAGAACCUGCAGGUAGAAUCGCAUUUGAAAAAUUCGCCAAAAGAUUUAUGGGCCUGCCUCCAAAUGAAGCUGUCAUCGCAGAUGCAUUGCGGUCGGUUGAGAUGUUUUUCGAUGUUGCGGAUCGUCUCUUACAUAACAGAGACUAUAUGGCUGGAAAUGAGUUUACUCUAGUAGAUAUCUACUACAUUCCGCUGAUCCAAAGACUUUUUGCAUGCGGGUAUGGAGAUGUCAUCGACAGUCGCGAAGCUGUGAGGGCAUGGUGGGACCGAUGCGUGAAGCGACCAGCCAUACAGAGGGUGCUGGUUGCGGAUAAGGAAGCUGCGGUUGCUGCUAGUGAAUAA